AUGAAACAAAAAGAAGAGCUCGUCGAAUCUAGCCCUCUUUGUGGUUUGCCCACGGUCUCUCGUCAUAUCGACCCCACCAAGCCGCGCACUGCUACGUUGAAACCUGAUGGCUCCAAGAACAAUAAUGACCGAGUUGACAUUGGACCAACUCCGCUGGCGUUCAGUGAGUGGGAGCAGUUGGGUCUACAGCCGCCCCAUCUACCGACCAUGCGCGCCUACCGCUUGCAACGCAUUUGCGAUCAAUUGAUUGCCCGCAACCUCGGUGGCAUCCUCCUGUUCGAUCCACUCAACAUUCGCUAUGCCACCGACACUGCCAAUAUGCAACUGUGGACAGCACAUAACCCUGCCCGGGCCUGUUUCGUCGCGGCAAGUGGCUACCUGGUGCUAUGGGACUUUCACGGCUGCGAGCAUCUUUCCGAGCAUCUGUCUCUGAUCAAUGAAGUACGCUCUGGUGCUUCAUUCUUCUACUUCGAAACCGGACCCCGUACUGAUGAACAUGCUUUCCAUUUCGGCGCCCAAGUCGAUGAAUUGCUUCGAAAGCAUGCUGGAGAUAAUCGCCGGCUAGCCCUGGACCGCAUCGAAGUUGCCGGGCUACGUGCCCUCGAAGCCCAGGGUAUAGAAAUAUGUGACGGACAGGCCGUUACCGAGCAUGCGCGGAUGGUCAAGGGUCCUGACGAGAUCCGAGCCAUGCGCUGUGCCAUCGCCUCCUGUGAAGCUGCCCUCGGUGAAAUGCGCCAGGCCAUGCGUGCUGGCGCUACCGAAAACGACGUCUGGGCUGCUUUGCACACUGGCAAUAUCCGACGUGGCGGCGAAUGGAUCGAAACUCGCCUUCUUAGUUCCGGACCACGCACCAACCCUUGGUAUCAAGAAUGCGGUCCACGGGUGCUGCGCGAUGGAGACUUGGUGGCUCUCGACACUGACCUUAUUGGCGUAUACGGUAUGUGCGUGGAUGUAUCGCGUACCUGGAUUUGCGGCGACCUUGAGCCUACAGCAGAACAGAAACGUCUUUAUCGCAUCGCCCACGAACAUAUCACCACCAAUGCCAAAAUGGUCAAGCCCGGGGUGAAGUUCACAGAACUGACGUGGAAUGGUCAUCGCCUGCCAGAAAGCUGCCGGGCUCAGCGCUAUAGCGUCAUGUUCCAUGGUGUAGGGCUGUGCGAUGAAUAUCCAUGUAUACGGUACCCCGAAGACUUUGACUCUUAUGGUUACGAAGGAGAACUUCAAGAGGGCAUGGUGCUGUGCGUUGAGGCUUAUGUUGGUGAAGUCGGCGGCAAGGACGGGAUUAAGUUGGAGAACCAGCUGCUCGUGACUGAUACAGGCUAUGAACUACUGACUCAUUACCCAUUUGAGGAGAGUUUCCUGCGCGACUGA